CCAACGAAGCAAAACUUAUGGCGACGAGAUGCCCAAGAUAAUGAUGUCAAUGCAUCCAUCAGCUUUAGCCUUUAGCCCCCUUUUACGUUUACUUUUCGCUGAACCCCAUUUGGUCUUGGGGGAACUUCAAUAUAAAUACAUGCACUAUAGCUACAUUGCGAAAUGAUCGCCACCAUUGUCGCUCCUUUACCUACUUCUCUUUUAGAGUCCUUGUUUCUCUUGGUUUGUGUUUUCACCAACUUAAAUCUGCUCCUUUGUGUUUUCCAAGAGCCAAGUUCAUGGCACACAGUCUUGGCCUUACUCAGCCAGCCAACAUCCAACACCCCAAGGUGACUGAGACUGACUCCCUUCUCUCUCUCUCUCUCUCUCUCUGUGUGUUGGGUUUAAGCAAAAUUGUUUUUGGAUUGACUUUUUAGGUUCAGAAUCUCUUUUGCUGCAAAAGAGAUCGACGUGGCAGAAUGGAAAGGGGACAUACUUGCAGUUGGGGUCACUGAAAAAGACAUGUCCAAGGAUGAAAAUUCCAAGUUUCAAAACUCAAUUUUGAAAAAAUUGGAUGGCCUGUUGGGUGGUAUGUUAGCUGAGGCCUCUUCUGAGGAGGAUUUCACCGGGAAAGCUGGCAAGUCUAUGGUUCUUCGACUUCCCAGCUGUGGCUCCAAAAGGGUUGGUUUGAUUGGUCUUGGAAAGACAGCUUCAUAUCCAGCAUCUUUUCAAAGGCUUGGUGAAGCUGUUGCUGCAGCCUCAAAGACUGCGCAAGCCAAUAGUGUGGCUAUCAUUCUGGCUUCUUCCGAAGACCUCUCAAAUGAGUCAAAGCUGAGUACUGCUUCGGCAAUAGCAUCUGGGACAGUGUUGGGCAUAUAUGAAGAUAGUAGAUACAAGUCGGAGCCAAGGAAACCAAAGCUUAAUUCUGUGGAUAUUAUUGGUCUUGGAACUGGACCGGAGUUGGAGAAGAAGCUCAAGUAUGCUGAAAAUGUUUCUUCUGCUAUAAUAUUUGGAAGAGAGCUUGUGAAUUCACCAGCAAAUGUACUUACCCCUGCUGCACUAGCAGCAGAGGCUUCAAAUAUUGCUUCCUUGUACAGUGAUGUUCUAUCUGCAAACAUAUUGAGCGCUGAGCAGUGCAAGGAGUUGAAGAUGGGAUCUUACUUGGGAGUUGCCGCUGCAUCUGCAAAUCCCCCUCAUUUUAUUCAUUUGUGUUACAAACCCUCAAGUGGACCUAUUAAAACCAAGUUAGCUUUAGUUGGAAAAGGAUUGACUUUUGACAGUGGUGGCUACAAUAUCAAGACUGGAGCUGGUUGCUCCAUUGACAUCAUGAAAACUGACAUGGGAGGUUCUGCAGCAGUUCUUGGUGCAGCAAAAGCCCUUGGGCAAAUCAAACCUCCUGGAGUAGAGGUUCAUUUUAUUGUUGCCUCUUGCGAAAACAUGAUAAGUGGAACAGGUAUGAGACCCGGAGAUAUUAUCACAGCUUCGAAUGGAAAGACAAUUGAGGUUAAUAACACUGAUGCAGAAGGCAGGCUUACACUUGCAGAUGCUCUGGUAUAUGCUUGCAACCAGGGUGUUGACAAGAUAGUUGAUCUUGCAACACUAACUGGAGCUUGUAUAGUUGCUCUUGGACCCUCCAUUGCAGGUGUUUUCACACCCAGUGAUGAUCUGGCAAAGGAGGUAUUCGAAGCUUCAGAGGUCAGUGGUGAGAAAUUUUGGAGGAUGCCACUAGAAGAAAGCUAUUGGGAGUCGAUGAAAUCAGGAGUUGCUGAUAUGGUAAAUACCGGUGGUCGUCAAGGUGGCGCUAUCACUGCUGCUCUGUUCUUAAAACAGUUUGUUGAUGAAAAAGUACAGUGGAUGCACAUCGACUUGGCUGGCCCCGUCUGGAAUGAUAAGAAGCGGGUAGCAACAGGAUUUGGCAUUGCGACUUUGGUGGAAUGGGUUCUGAAAAACUCAUCUUAAUGAAAAGCUUGGAGCAUGCUGUAGUAGUGACAAGGAAGAUGGAGGAGGAAACAGGAGAAUAAAACUUUUCCCAGGUUGUUGGUCUUUGAGAUAUGUUUGAUGAACAAAAAUGUAUGUUGUGAUUAAGGGAAAGAAGGGAAGUGAGAUAGUUUUGUUUUUGAGGUUGUUGCAGACAGUGAGAUUAUAGGACUAUUCCAUGCUCUUUUUAUUGUUUAAAAAAAGAGAAGCCCUUUAAAAUCUAUAUUGCUUCUUCAUUUCUAUCAAUAAACCUUUUGCUCUUUAGGUCUGCCUUUGUAACAUGUUUCCCUCUUUAUCGGUAACAUGGUUUUUUUUUUCUUUAUCAAAUUCGCCAUGUUAUUUUGGUAAUAAUAUUAAUUCAAUAUUAAUUCAAAUGGUAAUAAUAAAUUUCAUAGAGUCAAA